CUGCUGACAGUUUGCCUUAGGAAUUCAGCUAUCUCCAUUAAGAGCUUCAGAGUGUUUCUUAAAGAUACUGUUUCUCAUUGGUUCUCCCAUAGCUGAAGACAUGGCUGCCCAGUGUGUCACGAAGGUGGAACUAAAUAUUUCCUGUAACAACCUUUUGGAUACAGAUCUAACAUCAAAGUCCGACCCUUUAUGUGUGUUGUUUUUGAACACCAGUGGUCAACAGUGGUAUGAGGUUGAACGCACAGAAAGGAUUAAGAAUUCUUUGAAUCCCAAAUUUUCUAAGACAUUUGUCAUUGAUUACUACUUUGAAGUGGUUCAGAAAUUGAAGUUUGGAAUCUAUGAUAUUGACAACAAAACUAUCGAGCUGAGUGAUGAUGACUUCUUGGGAGAAUGUGAAGUCACUCUUGGACAAAUUGUUUCCAGUAAGAAGCUGACUCGACCACUGGUGCUCAAAAAUGGCAAACCUGCAGGGCAAGGGAGUAUUACGAUUUCAGCAGAAGAAAUAAAGGAUAACAGAGUGGUACUGUUUGAAAUGGAAGCCAGAAAACUGGAUAAUAAGGAUCUCUUUGGGAAGUCAGAUCCAUACCUGGAGUUCCACAAGCAGACAUCAGAUGGCCACUGGCUGAUGGUUCACCGAACAGAGGUUAUAAAAAACAAUCUGAAUCCCAUGUGGAAGCCUUUUAAAAUCUCUCUCAACUCUCUGUGCUAUGGAGAUAUGGACAAGACCAUUAAGGUAGAGUGUUAUGAUUAUGAUAAUGAUGGAUCACAUGAUCUCAUUGGAACAUUUCAAACCACCAUGACAAAACUCAAAGAAGCCUCCAGGAGCUCACCUGUUGAAUUUGAAUGCAUAAAUGAAAAAAAGAGACAGAAGAAAAAAAGCUACAAGAAUUCAGGUGUUAUCAUUGUGAAGCACUGUGAGAUUACUGUAGAAUGCACAUUUCUUGACUACAUCAUGGGAGGGUGCCAGCUGAAUUUUACUGUGGGAGUGGACUUCACUGGCUCCAACGGUGACCCCAGUUCUCCAGACUCCCUGCAUUACAUCAGCCCGAAUGGUGUUAAUGAGUAUCUGACUGCCAUCUGGUCUGUGGGAUUGGUAGUUCAAGAUUAUGAUGCUGAUAAAAUGUUUCCAGCUUUUGGCUUUGGAGCUCAGGUUCCUCCUCAGUGGCAGGUGUCUCACGAAUUCCCAAUGAACUUUAACCCCGCGAACCCCUACUGUAAUGGGAUCCAAGGCAUUAUAGAGGCUUAUCGGACCUGCCUUCCUCAGAUAAGACUCUAUGGACCAACUAAUUUUUCUCCGAUUAUAAAUCAUGUGGCCAGGUUUGCCGCUGCAGCCACGCAACAGCAGACAGCUUCUCAAUACUUUGUGCUCCUGAUCAUCACGGAUGGCGUGAUCACAGACCUUGAUCAAACCAGACAGGCAAUCGUCAGUGCGGCCAAGCUGCCCAUGUCGAUCAUCAUUGUGGGGGUUGGGGGAGCUGACUUCAGUGCCAUGGAAUUUCUAGAUGGUGACAAUGGAAGCCUCCGCGCCCCAUCCGGGGAGGUGGCCAUAAGAGAUAUUGUUCAGUUUGUGCCUUUCAGACAGUUCCAGAAUGCUCCAAAGGAAGCACUUGCGCAGUGUGUCUUGGCAGAGAUCCCCCAGCAGGUGGUGGGUUACUUCAACACAUACAGACUCCUUCCUCCCAAAAACCCAGCUGUGAAGUAGGAGGAGCCGGGAACUACAGGACGUCCAAAGCCAUGUGGAGCAGCGCCAUCUCUUACACAGAAUGAUGUAUCGCCAUCUGCGCUUUUUACCCCCAGGGUUUCUGAUGCAAACCCAGCUUUUUGUAUAUAUUCUAUCAGUUUAAAAUAUACAUUUUAUACUUUCUGAAGAGGACAGUAGCAAGUAGUCCAUUUCUGCCCAAUGAACUCAGUGAUUGUUAGUGAUUUAUAGAAAUUACAAGAGUGUGGUUUGGAAUUGAUUUUAAUUUGGGAAAAAUUGGUUUGUUGUAUAUUUUCUAUAAUGAAAAUGCCAUUCUUAAGUGUUGCCAGUAGAGUGAAUGAGGCAUUACAGGAUGAAGUGGUAUACAAGUUUUGCUAUUCUGUUUUAGUAAGUAUUUUGCAAGCCAGUGUCGGUACUGUGAUGGAGAGAGCUGCUUAGGUCAGUCACAGAGUUCAUACCUGUUACUCUAUACUCUGUCCCUUUCUGUGCUGCAGUGCUACAGUGUACAAAACUGUUUUCAUGUGGUUGCUUAUGAAAACUUCGUUUUGAAAAUGUACAAUCAACCUAUGGAGAGCUCCUUGUAGACAAGACAUUUUUCUUUGCCUUUUGAAACCCCUUCACUGUGAACUCUUGCACACAGCGUGUCUUUGCUUUACUGAGUAAACAAGACACUCAAACUUCUGUGGACACACAUGAUAGGUCAUCCCGGAGGCCACAUGAUUAGAUCAGCAUUGUCGACUUAACUGGAGCUUUGUUCACUAAAGCUUUGAGGACCAAACAUUUAAGAUGAAAAUCCAAACCAGGUGCAGGCCAGGCAUGGUGGCACAUCACGUGAGCACAUGGAAGGAAGAGGCAUGAGGCCAGCACGGGCCAACCCACCUACAUAGUUAAUUCCAGGUCCGACAGCUAUCCAGCGAGCGUGUGGCUCAGUACAAUAAGAAAAAUAAGUAAUUGAGAAAUAUGUUUCUUCUAUCUAAUGGAAUAAUUGCAAAAGGUCGUUAGUAUUUUUUUUCUUGCUAAGGUCCUGUGUAUUGAUUUUUAUAGAGUUAUUUAGAUUUUUUGUCUUUUUAAAAAAUAGUAUUAUUUUUCUUUAAACUUCUAAUUCUAGUUAUUUAUUAAUCAAAAUUCCAUUUUUUCAUUUCAAUAAUGUACUAUUUCCAAAGUCCAGAAUGUAUUCUGUUAAGCACAAAACCUGAUAUAACAUUUAAAAAAA